AUGGGCUCAACAGACGUCCAGAAGCAGGUUGGCCAGUUAUUUGCGGUCGGCUUUCACGGCCACACCCCUAGCCCGGAGAUCAAAACACUCAUUCAUGACUACCACGUCGGAGGCGUCAUUAUCUUCUCUAGAAAUUUCCAAGAUGCCACCCAGCUGCAGGCUUUGACCUUGGCCUUGCAAAAUGAAGCCAAACUGGCCGGACACGCGCGACCUUUGCUCAUUGGUGUUGACCAAGAAAAUGGUCUGGUCACCAGAAUUUGUCCUCCAAUCGCUACUCAAAUUCCAGGUCCGAUGGCUCUUGGUGCCACUGGCGAUCCAGAGACGGCUUACCAGGCAGGCAAGGCCACAGGCGAGACCCUAGGGUUCUUCGGUAUCAACAUGAACUACGCUCCAGUUUGCGACAUCAACUCAGAGCCCUUGAAUCCAGUGAUCGGUGUCCGCAGCCCGGGUGAUCAUCCGGAAUUUGUCGGCAAGUUCGCUUGUGCCGCGGCGCGGGGUCUUCGGGAGCAGAAUGUUGUUCCUAGUGUGAAGCAUUUCCCCGGUCAUGGCGAUACAGCUACCGAUUCACACUAUGCGUUACCGGUCAUCCCAAAGGAUCGUGACGCCCUAGAUCGAUGCGAGUUGAUUCCAUUUCGCAGAGCAGUCGCAGAGGGUAUUGAGACGGUGAUGACUGCCCACAUCUCUCUACCAAAAAUCGACGACAAGCUUCCGGCAACGUUGUCACCUAGUGCGCUCGCAAUCUUGCGCAAGGACAUGGCCUACGAUGGAAUGAUUAUUACUGACUGUCUUGAAAUGGAUGGAAUCCGAGCUACUGUCGGUACUGAACAAGGCUCUGUUCUUGCGAUCAAAGCUGGAAGCGAUAGUAUCAUGCUGUGCCACACUUUCGAAGUGCAAGUUGCCUCCAUUAAGAAAGUAUGUGAAGCAGUCCAGUCUGGAACGAUCGAGACAUCUCGCUUGGAAGAGGCAUGCCGUCAUGUUGCCUAUGUAAAAGACAAAUUCUUGAACUGGGACACAGCUUUGCGUCAAGGUCAUCUUACAGAGCUUGAUGCACUUAAUAACAGGAAUGCCCCAUUUUCCAAGGAAACCUAUGAGAGAUCGGUCACUCUUGUUCGUGACACUAGUAAGACUCUGCCUCUCCCGAGAACUGGGAAUAUCGUGCUUCUUUUCCCUGGAAGUAAAAUCCCUGUCGGAGGCGCUGUGGAUGGUGAGGGAAUGGGUCGGCAAGGGUCAUAUAAAGUUUCCCCAUACCUGAACGCGCUUCGAUCUCACCAUCAUUCUGUCAUAGAAAUCAAUUACAAGGAUACAGGACUCUCCAAUGAAGAAUGGGAUGUCGUCAAGGCAGCUGAGGCUGUCAUUUUUGUCUCCAUAAAUGGAAGAGAAGCACCAUACCAAGAAGCACUUGGUCGUGAACUUCCACGACAUGUUCGAUCGCUCGUUUCAAUUGCAGCUUGCAGUCCGUAUGACUUCUUGGAGGUCCCUGAACUCCAGACAUACAUCACAACUUACGAGCCAACGAUUGAGGCUUUCACUGUCGCGGCAGGCAUUAUCUUUGGCCAGGUGGUACCAAAAGGAUCUCUUCCCAUCCAACAUGGUCCUUUAAAGAGUAAUACGCCUGUGACAAUCUUCGACACCGAGAAUGAUUUGGAUGACGUGGUAUCUGCGUGGAGUGAGAUCUUUCCAGCCUACAAUUUACCGUCAGAUAGCUUAAAGACAUUGAUUCUUCGGGGGAAUCCGCACCACUUUGUUGUCCGGCUCGGCUCAAAAUUGGCGGGAUUCUGCCUUGCCUAUCUCAACGCCUUCGGUCCACCAGCGACUGUGCACAUAGCAGUCCUAGGGGUAGCUUUAAAAUACCAAGGUCAAGGAAUCGGCACGUCUCUUCUGUUGGAGACUCGGUCAUUCUUCAGAAAGAACUUUGGAAUCCAAAGUCUACAGCUCGGCAGCUCGUUCCCUCGCUUUUGGCCCGGGAUUCCUCGUGAAUUUCCUGACUCGGUGCAAAAUUUCUUCAUCCAUCGUGGCUUCCGGCUCAGUUCACCCGAGAAGCGAUCAGUGGAUCUGUAUCAGGACAUUCGCAAUUUCCAGUCCCCCGAGAAAUAUAUCAAACGGGCACAAGAUCGAGGCUUCCGCUUCGCGCCUCUACAGCCCGAGGACUACGAAGCAUGUCUGGUUGGUCAGAGGAAGAACUUCUCUGACAAAGCUGGGUGGGUUGAAGCGUAUGUAAUGUUACAUCCAAGCAAAUUUCCAUCUUGUGUGAUGACUGCCUUCGAUUCCCAGAACCGGCAAGUUGGGUGGACACUGAUGCUGCCCCCGUGUUCUGAGGUGAAUGAAAGCUGGGCAUUCCCGCAAAUAUGUGGUCCAAAUACUGGCCUGAUCGGCUGUGUCGGUGUUGACGCCGAUCACCGAGCAUCCGGCAUUGGUCUCGCGCUCAUCUGCCAUGCCGUUGAGAAUAUGAAGCAACGAGGGAUUGAAGGGGUAUUCGUGGACUGGGUAGCUCUAGAUGGAUGGUAUGAGCAGGUCGGGUUUACGACUUGGAGAAGCUACCGACCCGGUGAGAUAUGA